UGUACACUAUACCCUGUACCCUACACCAUAUAUCUUACACCCUUACCCUAUACCCUACAUCCUAUAUCUUAUACCAUUACCUUAUACCCUAUACCCUUACCUUACACCCUUACUUUAUGCCCUUACCUUAUACCCUAUACCCUAUACCCUAUACCUUACGCCAUUACCUUAUACCCUUACCUUACACCCUUACCUUACACCCUUACCUUACACCCUUUCCUUAUACCCUAUACCCUAUAUCUUAGACAAUACCCUAUACCCUAUACACUAUACCUUACACCAUUACCUUAUACCCUUACCUUAUACCCUAUACCCUAUACCCUCACCUUAUACCCUUACCUUAUACCCUAUACCCUAUACCUAUACCUCAUACCCUUACCCUAUACCUAUACCUAA